AUGUAUUCCCAGAUAACCCAUUCCAUCCUCCUUCUUCUUUGCGUCUAUUUGGUCUCCCAGCCGCUGCGUGCUCAAGACCCCUUGUGCUGUAACCAUGCCCCGGAAUACUCCCCGUGUAAAGAGGCUUGUGACCAGCUCGCCACCAUAAAGAGUGAGUCCCGUCUGAAACACCUGCUGCAGCGGCUGCCCAACUACUGCCCCGAGUCCAUGAACGAACUGUGGACUUGUGUCAACUCCACGCUCCCAGGCGUGUCCAGGAAGUCGGAGGGCUGGGUGGGCUUGGGCUGCUGCGAGCUGGCCAUCUCAGCCGAGUGCAGGCGCAAGUGUGAACAGGCUUCAUCCAAGAGCGACAUCACCAAAGUCUGCAAAAAGGUCACAGAGAAACCACUGUACGGCUGCAUUACCAAAAAUGAAAUCGGCUCCACGUGCUGCAGCUACGCGGGCCGCCACACCAUCUGCCGCGAGUACUGCCAGGCCAUCUUCAGGACGGACUCCACCCUGACGGCGUCUCAGAUCAACGCGGUGAAGGGCUACUGCCAGAGCCACAGCAGCCAACUCCUCAGCUGCGUCAACAACUUCACCAAGUCCUACCCCAUCCGGAGCCCCCUGGACAGCCUGUACUGCUGUGACCGGGCCGAGCAGAGCCACUGUCAGGUGGCGUGUCGGCGGAUCCUUCGCACCAUGAACACGGAGCACGAGAUCAUGGAGGGUCUGAUCGAGGAGUGCGGCUCUCAGCCCCUGCCCCAGGACCCUCUGUGGCAGUGCUUCCUGGGCAGCGCUCACCCCCCCUCCCCACCUGAAGAGGAGACGCCCCACCCCGCCAAGAUGGACCAGGCCAAACUGCACUGCUGCGCCAAGGCCAACACCUCCCUCUGCAGGGAGAUGUGUGAGGAGAUGAGCACAAACUGGGGAUCUCAGACCUGGCAGAACUUUGUACAGUGUGAGUACAACCCUGUGGAGUCGGAGCUCAUCAGCUGCCUGUCGGACGUGAGGGAGCCCUGCCAACUGGGCUGCAAGGACCUGGGCUACUGCACCAACUUCAACAACAGGCCCACAGAGCUGUUCCGGAGCUGUAACGUCCAGUCGGACCAGGGCGCCAUGAGCGACUUCAAACUGUGGUCCAACGGCACCAUCCGGAUGCCCCUCAUGAACAUCCCAGUGCUGGACAUCAGGAAGUGCCUCCCCGACACCUGGAAGGCUGUGGCCUGUGUGCUGCAGAUCAAGCCCUGCCAAAGCAAGUCCAGAGGCAGCCUCAUCUGCAAGUCUGACUGUGUGGACAUCCUGAGCCAGUGUGGGGACAGGAGGCUCUUCCAGGAGGGCCAGACUCCAGAGAGGAUCUGUGAGCUGCUGUCCCCGGUGGACGACCCAGAGCAGUGCAUCCCUCUGCACACGUACCUCACUCCCAGCAUCCAUCCCACCGGUGUGGUGGAGGAGGUGGUCCACCCGUGCAACCCCAGCCCCUGUCCCAGCAACCACCUGUGUCAGGUGAACCGCCGCGGCUGCCUGGACGACUUCCACUGCCUGCCGUACAUCUGUGUGCCGGCGUGUAAACUGGGUGAGGCCUCUGAGUUCCUGGUGCAGCAGGACGCUCUGAUCCAGGUGCCCACCCGCAGCGCCCCGGCCGGCUGCUUUGAGGUCUGCAGCUGCGGGGCCAGUGGUCGUCUGGAGUACUGCGUGGAGAUGCCCUGUGUGGACACCAGCAAGGCCUGCAAUGUCGCCGGCCAGAGGAAGAGUCACGGGACGUCCUUCCAGAUCGACUGUCACCACUGCUCGUGCUUCUCUGGGGAAACGGUCUGCUCCACCAGAGAGUGUCUGGGAGAGGGCAGCUCCGAGAGGGACCGCCACCACUUCACCGGUCUCCCCUGCAGCUGUCCGGACCACUUCAUCCCUGUGUGUGCGUCUAACGGGCGCACGUACCCCAGCGCCUGUGUGGCCCGCUGCAUGGGCUUCAAGGACCACCAGUUUGUGUUUGGACAGUGUCGGCUCUCAAACCCCUGCGCCGGAAAGCCCUGCCCCAGGGGCCAGAGGUGCGUGUCGCGGUUCCGUGUGUGUCUGAGUGACACCGGAGACUGCCCUCAGUUCGAGUGUGUGGGCCGGAGCCCCCCCUGUGAGCGGACCACCGUGGAGCCUGUGUGCGACACCGACGGCCUGGUGCACCCCAGUCUAUGCCACCUGCAGCAGGCCGCCAAGAGCCUCGCCUACAUGGGACAAUGCCAGGAGUCGUGCCGGAGCCCUCAGCCCGUGUGCGGACACAACGGAGAGACGUACCGGACAGUGUGUGACGCCUUCUCAGACCGUGUGGCCGUGGACUAUCUGGGCCCUUGUCACGCAGUGGGGCCUCUCUCCGACUCGGCUCCAGACUCGUCCUGCGCCCUGAUCCUCUGCCCGCCGGUGUCCCCCCCCGGCUGUCAGCCCGUCACCCCUCCAGGAGCCUGCUGUCCCAUCUGUGCCAGUAUGCUGCAGAUCUUGUGGAACCAGGACCACAUCAACACGUUCUCCAAGCUGAAGCGCGAGGAUCCGGUCACGGUGCAGGAUGUGCUGAGGGUGCUACGGCUGCAUGUGUCUGUGCCUCAGUGCGACGUCUUCGGCUUCCUGAGCAUCGACCACGUGCUGGUGGUGCUGAUCGCCCCGGUGGAGCAGCAACCGACGCCUCUGCAGGUGGAGGCGUGCAGCAAAGAAGCAGAGAAGAUCGACUCGCUCAUAAACUUCUCCAGCCCCACCCUCAUGUCCCACGUGCCGCUGUCGGCCUUCCUGUCGUCCCAGCUCCAGACCUCCACCAUCCUGUCCUCGUCUGGGACCCUGUGCACCCUGAGCCCCCUGAGCCCCGGCCUGGCUCUGCUGCUGGGGCUGCUCCUGCUCUCCUAG